GUGCGGCUGCUGCCGGCAGCGGCGUCGCCACGCGUUUCCACCGGAGCAUCCCGGCCAUCCAUCUGAUUGCCGCGCUCCCUGAAGUAUCUCGGGCAAGCCGUGCUGUCAGAUCGAGCCAACAAUCUCGAUAGCCGGGAUGGUGAAGGUGACCUUGACCAAGGCGUUUGAGACGGCUGCUGGGCUGGCGCUGGGGGCGCUCUGGCUGACAUUAACAUGGGAGCAGUACAGCAGGUACCGUUCCGAGCCGGUGGUGACCUCCAUGGACAUGACUUAUUACAAGGUUCCCAGCUUCACAUUGUGCCCCAAAUACCGCGCGAACCUGACACGUCUUCUUGAGCUGCAGAACUACGUGCAACCGGUGAACCCGAAUGGCUUCUGGCUCUUCUACAACAGCAGCUUCGGCAGUCCGGACCAGUUCGUGGUGGACUACCUCGGCCUGCCUGUCAGGCGGCUCCUCUACCUCUGCAACGACUUGGACUGCAUGCCGAUGCGCUCCAACCGGUGGAAUGGCUCCCACCCGGCGCAGGAGUACCCGGGGCCCGUGUACGAGACGCGCGUAUUCACGGUACCUUGA